AUGGGGUCCUUAGGUGCCGAUCUCGACUUUGAGGUCAAUCCUGUUCAGCGGUCCAAGGAGGAAAAUCAAGAACGUGCAUUCGUAGCCGCCUCUCGGCGCAAGGAUCGAAGCCUAGAUGCCCGACUUGAGUCGGCAAAUCGUGCUUCUAUGCUCCACAAGAAGCGUACUGGCAAGGCUCUCCAUAUCACCAAGGAGAUUGUCGAAAAAGAAGCCAUGUACGAGGAAGUGGAUGAACGCUAUCAGGAAAAGCGAUUAAGGUUGCUCAAAGCCCAUACCAGCCAGUUGGAAGCACAGUUCCAUCGUCAUCUCAUGGCUACGAUGGCCAAGAAUACCCCAGCUCGUAUUUCUCCCCAUGGCGGUAUUCAAAAAAUGCGCAACUCUUCUGUGUCCUCAACCCACUCGUAUUUCCCCGACAUGUCUAGCCAAGCCGCAACUCCAGUCUCGCCUACCACUACUGCCACCACUGCCACCACACCGAGCCCAACAAGCCCCGUGUUCAAUUUAUACGGCAGGUCGUCUCCAUCUGAGUCCUCGUACGUCCAGACCCCGGCUAGCGACUGCUACGUGCAGACGCCUUUGGCUUGUCCUUCAUAUCUCGAUAUGAACCAAAGCACAGGGUUGGUGUCCCCUUCAAUGAGUCCAAGGACCAACUCGUAUCGGCCUGCAAAUCAACUACAAUCUGUACAUUUGAGGACUGCUUCUCUAGCACAACCGAGUCCUACAGUGUCAUAUCCGCCACCACGACAGCGAUUUGUAUCAUUCCCGGAUGCAUUCAUGUACCAGCAUCCACAGUUGGUCGCACCAGCAGUCCAGCAAUUAGUUGCUUGUCAGACGAGCUCCCCACCUUCUAGCGAGUUGUCAGCGACACCUUCGCCAGUUGACCCAAGCCAAAGUGUAUCAUCGGCUUUGCAGGACAAUGUUUUGCCUAGUCCAGCCCUCUCAGCGCCCUCGAUGACUAGUAAUUCGUCUCAAAACAGCAGUGGCGAUGGGUUUUCAGCCCAGGGCAUUCAGCCUCUGCAGGACCAGACCAGCGGAGUAAAUGAUUUCAAACAGGCGCUGGUCGGAGUCUCUGAAAAUCCAGAUCCGGAAUACCAUGAAUUCUUCAAUUUUGCCAAUAGCGUGGAGGAUCUAUGGCAGAUCCCUAUGGGAAAUACGCCUUACGAUGAAUUCAUGAAUUUGGAUAGCCUGGAUUUUGAGUUGAACGAACCCGGAUUCUAG